GCGGGAGCCGCGGGUUACUGUGCAAACAUGGCCAACUCCAAGAACCACACCACACACAACCAGUCCCACAAAUGGCACAGAAAUGGCAUCAAGGAACCCCGGUCACAAAGAUACAAAUCUCUUAAAGGGGUGGAUCCCAAAUUCUUGAGGAACAUGAGCUUUGCCAAGAAGCACAACAAGAAAGGCCUGAAGACGAUGCAAGCAAACAAUGCAAAAGAAGUGAGUGUGCAAACAGAGGCCAUCAAGGCCCUUGUGAAGCCUGCAGCUGUUAAACCCAAGAUGCCAAAGGCCCCCAGCCGAAAACUCAGCCGCCUGGCUUUCAUCGCUCACCCCAAGCUUGGGAAGCGGAUUCGAAGCUGCAUGGCUAAGGGUCGUAGGCUCUGCAAACCAAAGCCCAGUGUUCAAACCAAGGCAGAGGCCACAGCUCCAGCUAAGGGCAAGGCUUCAGCUCCAGCUCCAGCUCAGGCUCCCAAAGGUGCACAGGCCCCUGUGAAGGCCCCGUAG